AUGGCUCCUCAUGCGAUUGUGUUCGAUCUUCUUACAGCCCUCCUAGACAGUUGGUCCUUAUGGGCCGAAGCGGCAAACAACGACCGCAGCGCAUCAUACCGAUGGCGCACAAGAUACCUGGAGUUGACCUUUGGAUGCGGCGCAUACCGUCCAUAUGAAGAUCUCGUCUACGAAUCAGCCAAGGAUGCCGGCCUCCCGGACAGUGCACCCAAAGCGCUGAUCGAGUCUUGGGAUCGGAUGCGCCCCUGGCCCGAGACCAGAGAAGUCCUAUUGCAGCUGAAGGAAAAGGGAUACCGCUUGGGAGUGGUCUCCAACUGCUCUGCAGAACUCGGCCGGCGAGCGAUUGCGUUGUGUGGUGUGGAAUUCGAUGCGUUCGUGACGGCGGAAGAGGCCGGCUUCUACAAGCCUCAUCCGAAAGCAUACGGGUCGAUCCUAUCGGCCUUGGGGGUCGACUCCAAAGAUGCCCUGUUUGUCGCGGGCAGCAAUGGUGAUGUCGUCGGCGCAGCAGCGGCCGGUAUGGAUGUUGUGUGGCAUAACCAGAUUGGCCUCCCAAGACUCCCCGGCUCUAAGCCGCGCCUGGAAGGUCGCUCGUUACAGGUCGUUCUAGAUCACCUCCGCCAGGUGGAGUCGAUGUCGAGUUCGAAUACAUCCAGCCGGUCAUCAUCGCGACUGUAG